GAUUGGCCCAGUCCUCAGGUUUCACUCAUGACCCUGUGACAUCAGCAGCAGCAGCUGUCCCCGCCGGCCCGGCCCCCCGGCCAAGUCCCCCAGAGUUCCAGCCCCAGCCUGAGGUGGGCACGGCGCUCUGGGCUUCUCAGCAACCGCUCUGCUCCCGUCCAACAGGAACAGGCUCGGGAGGGCUGGGCAGAAGAGGAGAGGUGCCAGUAGAGGCCCAAGUGCUGGCCUAGGAGACAGUCCACACCGUGAUCACAGGCUUCAAAGGUCCCCGGCUGAAGCCACACAGUUCCUGAAGCUUGGGCCCAGGAGGUGGUUGAGGUCACUGAGACAUUGGCCCCAAGUCCCAAGGCCGAAGAGGAUCUGGCUGGUUGGCUGUCAGUCCUGAGGGUGGCUCACCCCACUGCUGGGGAGAGUGUGGCGUGGGGCUGGGGGUGAUGCUCUGUGCCCAGCCCCCACGGAGCAGCAGCACCCAGGCCUUGCAGGCACAUCUCCCAAUCCCCCCAUCAAGCAGGAGGUGAGGAGUGGGCAGUAGGCCCAGGGCUGGGUAACUACCCAGCACCCCGGAGCUGCAGGCUGCAGCUGCCCCGGCCGCCCACCACCCUCCUGGCCCCUGAGCCCAGGAUGCAAGAAUGGCUAGGCCAUCUCUGCCCACCCUGGUGCCUCUGGGCCCUGAGUGCCUGCGCCCCUUCACCCGGGAGUCCCUGGCAGCCAUAGAACGAAGGGCAGUGGAGGAGGAGGCCCGGCAGCAGCGGAACAAGCAGAUGGAGAUCGAGGAGCCUGAACGGAAGCCACACAGGGAUCUGGAAGCCGGCAAGAGCCUGCCCCUUAUCUAUGGGGACCCCCCGCCGGAGGUUAUCAGCACCCCCCUGGAGGACCUGGACCCCUACUACAGUGACAAGAAGACCUUCAUCGUGCUCAACAAGGGCAAGGCCAUCUUCCGCUUCUCUGCCACGCCCGCCCUCUACAUGCUGAGCCCCUUCAGUGUCAUCAGGCGCGGUGCCAUCAAGGUGCUCAUCCACUCGCUAUUCAGCAUGUUCAUCAUGAUCACCAUCUUGACCAACUGUGUGUUCAUGACCAUGAGCAACCCACCUGCCUGGUCCAAGAACGUGGAGUACACCUUCACAGGGAUCUACACCUUUGAGUCCCUCAUCAAGAUCCUGGCCCGAGGCUUCUGCAUUGAUGACUUCACAUUCCUCCGGGACCCCUGGAACUGGCUGGACUUCAGUGUCAUCAUGAUGGCGUACCUGACAGAGUUUGUGGAUUUGGGCAACAUCUCAGCCCUGAGGACAUUUCGCGUGCUGCGGGCCCUGAAAACCAUCACGGUCAUCCCAGGGCUGAAGACGAUUGUAGGGGCCCUGAUCCAGUCCGUGAAAAAGCUGUCGGAUGUGAUGAUCCUCACCGUCUUCUGCCUGAGCGUCUUUGCCCUGGUGGGCCUGCAGCUCUUCAUGGGAAACUUGCGGCAGAAGUGUGUGCGCUGGCCCCCACCCUUCAAUGACACCAACACCACAUCGUACAUCAAUGACACGUGGUACGGCAACGACACGUGGAACAGCCAUGAGCACUGGGCCGGCAACUACACCUUUGAUUGGGAUGCCUACAUUAGUGACGAAGGGAACUUCUAUUUCCUGGAGGGCUCCAAUGAUGCCCUGCUCUGUGGGAACAGCAGUGAUGCUGGGCACUGCCCCGAGGGUUAUGAGUGCAUCAAGACCGGGCGGAACCCCAACUACGGCUACACCAGCUACGACACCUUCAGCUGGGCCUUCCUAGCUCUCUUCCGUCUCAUGACACAGGACUACUGGGAGAACCUCUUCCAGCUGACCCUUCGAGCAGCCGGCAAGACCUACAUGAUCUUCUUCGUGGUCAUCAUUUUCUUGGGCUCCUUCUACCUCAUCAAUCUGAUCCUGGCGGUAGUGGCCAUGGCAUACGCUGAGCAGAACGAGGCCACCCUGGCAGAGGAUCAGGAGAAAGAGGAGGAGUUCCAGCAGAUGCUCGAGAAGUUCAAAAAGCAUCAGGAGGAGCUGGAGAAGGCCAAGGCCGCCCAGGCUCUGGAAGGUGGGGAGGCAGACGGGGACCCAGCCCACGGCAAAGACUGUAAUGGCAGCCUGGAUACAUCGCCGGGGGAGAAGGGGCCCCCGAGACAGAGCUGCAGCGCAGACAGUGCCAUCUCAGACGCCAUGGAAGAGCUGGAAGAGGCCCACCAGAAGUGCCCACCAUGGUGGUACAAGUGCGCCCACAAAGUGCUCAUAUGGAACUGCUGCGCCCCCUGGCUGAAGUUCAAGCACAUCAUCCACUUGAUCGUCAUGGACCCCUUCGUGGACCUGGGCAUCACCAUUUGCAUCGUGCUCAACACCCUCUUCAUGGCCAUGGAACAUUACCCCAUGACCGAGCACUUUGACAAUGUGCUCACCGUGGGCAAUCUGGUCUUCACGGGCAUCUUCACAGCAGAGAUGGUACUGAAGAUCAUCGCCAUGGACCCCUAUGAGUAUUUCCAGCAGGGCUGGAACAUCUUCGACAGUAUCAUCGUCACCCUCAGCCUGGUGGAGCUGGGCCUGGCCAACGUGCAGGGGCUGUCCGUGCUCCGCUCCUUCCGUCUGCUGCGGGUCUUCAAGCUGGCCAAGUCGUGGCCCACGCUAAACAUGCUCAUCAAGAUCAUCGGGAACUCGGUGGGGGCGCUGGGCAACCUGACGCUGGUGCUGGCCAUCAUUGUGUUCAUCUUCGCCGUGGUGGGCAUGCAGCUGUUCGGCAAGAGCUACAAGGAGUGCGUGUGCAAGAUCUCCGCGGACUGCAGCCUGCCGCGCUGGCACAUGUACGACUUCUUCCAUUCCUUCCUCAUCGUCUUCCGCAUCCUGUGCGGGGAGUGGAUCGAGACCAUGUGGGAUUGCAUGGAAGUGGCCGGCCAGCCCUUGUGCCUCACUGUCUUCCUCAUGGUCAUGGUCAUCGGCAACCUUGUGGUCCUCAACCUGUUCCUGGCUCUGCUGCUGAGCUCCUUCAGUGCUGACAGCCUGGCGGCCUCAGACGAGGACGGUGAGAUGAACAACCUACAGAUUGCCAUCGGACGCAUCAAGUGGGGCAUCGGCUUUGCCAAGGCCUUCCUCCUGGGGCUGCUGCACGGCAAGAUCCUGAGCCCCAAGGAAAUAAUGCUCAGCCUCGGGGAGCCUGGGGGUGCCAAGGAGACUGAAGAGGCCGGGGAGAGUGCCCCCGAGGACGAGAAGAAGGAGCCACCACCCGACGAGGGUGACCAGGACCUGAAAAAGGACAAUCACAUCCUGAACCACGUAGGCCUGGCUGAUGGCCCUCCCUCCAGCAUCGAGCUGGACCACCUCGACUUCAUCAACAACCCGUACUUGACCAUCCAGGUGCCCAUCGCCUCCGAGGAGUCCGAUCUAGAGAUGCCCACGGAGGAGGAGACCGACACCUUCUCAGAGCCUGAGGACAGCAAGAAGCCGCCGCAGCCCCUCUACGAUGGAAACUCCUCCGUCUGCAGCACAGCCGACUACAAGCCCCCCGAGGAGGACCCCGAGGAGCAGGCCGAGGAGAACCCCGAGGGGGAGCAGCCUGAAGAGUGCUUCACCGAGGCCUGUGUGCAGCGCUGCCCCUGCCUCUACGUGGACAUCUCCCAGGGCCGGGGGAGGAUGUGGUGGACCCUCCGCAAGGCCUGCUUCAAGAUUGUCGAGCACAACUGGUUUGAGACCUUCAUUGUCUUCAUGAUUCUGCUCAGCAGUGGAGCCCUGGCCUUCGAGGACAUCUACAUCGAGCAGCGGCGGGUGAUCCGCACCAUCCUGGAGUACGCCGACAAGGUCUUCACCUACGUCUUCAUCCUGGAGAUGCUGCUCAAGUGGGUGGCCUACGGCUUCAAGGUGUACUUCACCAACGCCUGGUGCUGGCUCGACUUCCUCAUCGUGGACGUCUCCAUCAUCAGCCUGGUGGCCAACUGGCUGGGCUACUCAGAGCUCGGACCCAUCAAAUCCCUGCGGACGCUGCGGGCACUGCGUCCCCUAAGGGCACUGUCCCGAUUUGAGGGCAUGAGGGUGGUGGUGAACGCCCUCCUGGGAGCCAUCCCCUCCAUCAUGAACGUGCUGCUCGUCUGCCUCAUCUUCUGGCUCAUCUUCAGCAUCAUGGGCGUCAACUUGUUCGCCGGCAAGUUCUACCACUGCAUCAACACCACCACCUCCGAGAGGUUCGACAUCUCUGAGGUCAACAACAAGUCCGAGUGCGAGAGCCUCAUGCACACAGGCCAGGUCCGCUGGCUCAACGUCAAGGUCAACUACGACAACGUGGGUCUGGGCUACCUCUCCCUCCUGCAGGUGGCCACCUUCAAGGGCUGGAUGGACAUCAUGUAUGCAGCCGUGGACUCCCGGGAGAAGGAGGAGCAGCCGCAGUACGAGGUGAACCUCUACAUGUACCUGUACUUCGUCAUCUUCAUCAUCUUCGGCUCCUUCUUCACCCUCAACCUCUUCAUCGGCGUCAUCAUCGACAACUUCAACCAGCAGAAGAAGAAGUUUGGAGGGAAAGACAUCUUCAUGACAGAGGAACAGAAGAAAUACUAUAACGCCAUGAAGAAGCUUGGCUCCAAGAAGCCUCAGAAGCCAAUUCCCCGGCCCCAGAACAAGAUCCAGGGCAUGGUGUACGACUUGGUGACAAAGCAGGCAUUUGACAUCACCAUCAUGAUCCUUAUCUGCCUCAACAUGGUCACCAUGAUGGUGGAGACGGACGACCAGAGCCAGCUCAAGGUGGACAUCCUGUACAACAUCAACAUGGUCUUCAUCAUCAUCUUCACGGGCGAGUGCUUGCUCAAGAUGCUUGCCCUGCGCCAGUAUUACUUCACCGUCGGCUGGAACGUCUUUGACUUUGUGGUUGUCAUCCUGUCCAUUGUGGGCCUGGCGCUCUCUGACCUGAUCCAGAAAUACUUCGUGUCACCCACACUGUUCCGUGUGAUCCGCCUGGCACGGAUCGGGCGUGUCCUGCGGCUGAUCCGCGGGGCCAAGGGCAUCCGGACGCUGCUGUUCGCCCUCAUGAUGUCGCUGCCCGCCCUCUUCAACAUCGGCCUCCUCCUCUUCCUGGUCAUGUUCAUCUACUCCAUCUUCGGCAUGUCCAACUUUGCCUACGUCAAGAAGGAGUCGGGCAUCGAUGACAUGUUCAACUUUGAGACCUUCGGCAACAGCAUCAUCUGCCUCUUCGAGAUCACCACGUCGGCUGGCUGGGACGGGCUCCUCAACCCCAUCCUCAACAGCGGGCCCCCGGACUGCGACCCCACGCUGGAGAACCCGGGCAGCAGCGUCAGGGGUGACUGCGGCAACCCGUCCAUCGGCAUCUGCUUCUUCUGCAGCUACAUCAUCAUCUCCUUCCUCAUCGUGGUCAACAUGUACAUCGCCAUCAUCCUGGAGAACUUCAACGUGGCCACAGAGGAGAGCAGCGAGCCCCUCAGCGAGGACGACUUCGAGAUGUUCUACGAGACGUGGGAGAAGUUUGACCCCGACGCCACGCAGUUCAUCGCCUACAGCCUCCUCUCGGACUUCGUGGACACCCUGCAGGAGCCGCUGCGGAUCGCCAAGCCCAACAAAAUCAAGCUCAUCACGCUGGACCUGCCCAUGGUGCCAGGGGACAAGAUCCACUGCCUGGACAUCCUCUUUGCCCUGACCAAGGAGGUGCUGGGCGACUCUGGGGAGAUGGACACCCUCAAGCAGACCAUGGAGGAGAAGUUCAUGGCGGCCAACCCCUCCAAGGUCUCCUACGAGCCCAUCACCACCACCCUCAAGAGGAAGCACGAGGAGGUGUGUGCCAUCAAGAUCCAGAGGGCCUACCGCCGGCACCUGCUCCAGCGCUCCGUGAAGCAGGCGUCCUACAUGUACCGCCACAGCGGGGACAGCGGCGGGGACGGCGCCCCCGAGAAAGAGGGGCUGAUCGCCAGCACCAUGAGCAAGAUGUAUGGCCACGGGAACGGGAACAGCAGUGCGCAGAGCGAGGCGGGGGACUCUGGGCCUGCCAUGGGGCUCAUGCCCAUUGGCCCCUCAGACACUGCCCUGCCUCCUGCCCCACCACUGGGGCAGACAGUGCGCCCAGGGGUCAAAGAGUCUCUUGUCUAGCAGGCAGCAUCGAGGUGGCCAGCUGCACCUUGGCACAGCCCCGAGCUGCCCUGUGGUGCCUGUGCACUGAUGAGGGCACGGGGCUUUGAGUUUGGGACUGCCUCCAGCCCCCUCAUGUGGGACAGGAUUUGGCCACUCUGGGGCUGACACCCAGGCCUGGGCACCUGCCUCCCAGGCCAUGAGAAAUGGGAGUUGUGCCCAGGGCUCCACGCUGAGCCUGAGGCCCUGCCUCCAUGGUCUUGCCUUCAAGUUGCUGUUACCCGCUCUUGGGCCCUGCCGCCCCUCAUCUUGGCCUGGGGGAGGUCAGAACUUCAGAAUCUCUGCCCCCCACUUGGCAAGGAGCCGGCUUACAAUGGAGGGACUGGCUGCCCUCCUGUCCCCAGAGUCUUAAGGGCUACUGGCCUCUCCCCAGGAAGUGGCUCAGGCCUGCCAGCCCCAGCCCGGACAAAGAUGUCUUAACCUCAGGGAGUGCAGACACCUGACCCCACAGCACUGCCAGCCCUCCCCGCUGACUCGAGGGUGCAGCUUCACCCUGCCAGCUCAGGAAUUCCCUGGAAAAGGGAAAUGUCACUCGUCCAGAAGUAGCUCCGCAAACCUGAUUGGUCACUGGAUCCUGGUGCGUCGGGCUGGGAUUUUGACUCCUGACACAUUUUCCCGGGCUGGGCUGUGUCCAGGUCCACGGCUCCCCUGGCUGGCCCUUAGGGGAAGAGCAGGAGGAAGAAUUCCAUUUGGAAACUCUUUUUCUAGGAAGCCUGCAUGGAUGGUACGGACUGGGUGCUGCCAGCUGGACCACUGCCUGGGCCCGAGCAUCAGACCUGGGGUGGGGUCAGGGACCCCGAGGCUCAGUGAAAAGAUGAUCUGUGCUUCCUUCGCCCCUUCCUUGCUCCUCCACUUGCACCACCAGAGCUCUCUGUAGCCCUGCCCAGCCUCAGAGAUCUCCCUCUGCUCAUCUCUCCCCAUGCCCAUCUCUUCCUCCCUCCUCACCAUUUUUUCCCUCCUCCUCAAUGUGAUCCUAAGAAUGUUAUGGUUGAGCUCAGGUUAGAGAUUUCAAAACUAGAGCACACAGCAGGGAAGUCUCGCCCAGCUGGGGCUCAACCCUCCCACUUCCUGCUGCCUGGAAAGGCAGGUGGUACUUCUGCUGACACCGCUGAUCUGGGCACAGCCAAUCUGGGCAUGGCAGUGCCAGGCCUCUGCUGGCUCCUGGAGAGCAGAGGCCCAGCAUGGGAGAGGGGGUGAGGGACCUGCUCAGGGGUCACUGGGUUAUUCACUUGUGUGCAUACCUGUGGGACUGUGUGUCUGUUUGUAGGCCUGUGCAUGUGUGUGUUCAAGUGUAUGACCAUAUGUGUGUGAACCAUUGUGUCCUGGUGCCUGCAUAUGCAUGUGUGUCUGAGUAUCUUUGUGUUUGUGUGUGUCAGUGUGCCCUGGCAUGUCUGAAGGUCCAUAUGAGUGCAGCUGGUGCGUGUGUAUCUUCUGUGCAGGACUGUUCGCGUGAGGGGGCCUGUAUGUGCAAGAGCGGACCUGUGCUGUGCAUGCGUGGACGAGUGUGAACACCUGUGGUAAGGUUUUCACUGGGAGCCUAAGUUCCUCUUCUUUCUCUUCUUGUUUCUCAUGAACAGUUUGAUUAAAACUCAGGAAGCAGCAAAGCCUUCAAAACAAGAUGUGUGUGUGUGUGCGUGUGUGCGUGUGCGCGCGCGCGUGUUUGUGUGGUGUGUGUGUGUGUGCGUGUGUGCAAGCUCACACGUGUGUGCCCACAGGCCAGAGUCCUCCUUGUUGUCCACCCUGCUCUCCCCCACCCCAUCCUGCCUGGGCAUCCCUCUCUCUCUCCCAUGGGUUCUUUUCCCCUUUCUGUCUCUUGUCAUCAUGCCGUGGUCUCAGCCGUGCUCCCUGUCUCCCACCUGUGUCUUCUCUGUGGAAGGAGGCCUCGACUCCUUCCAUCCCUUCCUGCGGCAAUUCUCUCUCCCUUUGGAAGGUUCAUCUGAUAGGGGCUCAGCCUCCCCCUGCCCAGCACCCUGCCCCUCUGCCCUUCCCUCCUGGGCCCUGGCUGGGCACGAUCCCCGGAGCCUCAGAAACUUGUUGGCUUGGAUAUUCUCCACGGACUGUGUGCAGAUUGCAGAGGAAGAGUAGAGGAGCAGAGUCCAGCCUUUCCCUGCCUGUGGCCCCCUCCCCUGCAAACCGACGCCCAUUCCUGCCUUGUCCAGGUGGGAGCCAACCCCGAGCCAGGCCAGCAGAUGGGCCCCUUUGUACAGUUCUUACAAUAAACCGUCCCCUGAUGCCUCUGA